AUGGAGUGCAUAAGUCAAAGAGGCCAAGUGGAUUCCAGCAAAGGAGAACAAAAGAGGCAAAAAUUCAAGCAAUCAAAACCCUUGCUGGAUCCAUGCUCAAGUCUGGCGUAUUGCACUCUGCCAAUUGAUCAAGCUGAUUCUUCUGAUGCUUUUGCUAGAAAGCUUUCUGCAGAGGAGCAAGAAGUGGAAAUGGCAGAAUCUGAAGAAGAGCAAGGAGGGAAAAUAGAAGAAUUUCAAGCAGAAGAGCAAGGAAUGGAAAUUACAGACUCUGAAGCAGAAAAGAGUCAAAUUUUAUCUGAUGUGUCCUUCUGGGAGAUACCGGUUCCAGAUCAUUUUCGGGUAGAAAUUGUGAAAAGAGGAAGUGCUUCUUUCCAGAACCAAGAUGGUCCUUUUAGUGUCACCAGAAGGCCAGAUGAAAAAGCUGCAUCAAAGGGAGAAGUGCGACAACUUUAAGUGUGGUUUUACAAGGUCAUGCCAAACGGACAGAAAAUUCAGAGGACAUGGAUGGUUUGCUCACCUGUCAGCGGGAAUUUAUAUUGCAUUUGUUGCCCACUCUUUACCAGCUGUACUACAGAUACAACAUCCAAAUUUGUCACUGGGUUUCAGAAGUGGUGGAAACUAAGCCCAAAGGUAUAUAAUCAUGAGACAUCCGAAGAGCACUUAUACUGUCUGGAAAAGUGGAAAACUUUGGCAGCAGGACUGAGGCUGCAUGGAACCAUUGAUGCCCAAACUAUUUCUAGGAUGGAGACUGAGAAGAAAAAGUGGAGGGACAUUUUGCACAGAUUGCUGGAUAUUACAUUGUUUCUUGCCAAGCAGAAUCUGGCAUUUCGUGGUCACAAGGAAGAUGAGUCUUCUUUGAAUAAAGGGAACUUUCUUGAGAUGGUUGAGAUGCUUUCCAAGUAUGAUCCGGUACUGAAGGAACACCUAAUUAGGUUAAAGUGGCACACCUGUAAACUUAACCUGUCUGUCUCCUAUCUGUCUCCACAAACUCAGAAUGAGUUUAUAAGUGUCCUGGCAAAUCAUGUGAAGGCGAAGAUUGUAACGGACAUAAAGUCUGCAAAGUACUUUGGCAUCAUGUUUGACAGCACGCCUGACGUAUCGCAGAUGUCUGAAGUGAUCAGAUAUGUACACAUCACCAACAGGAAAGUUGAGGUAAAAUAUUUUUUUGGGGGAUUUUUCCCUUUAAAGGGGAAAAAAGCUGCUGACCUCAGUUCUGACAUUCUUAAAAAAUUAGAAAGUGAUGGACUCGACAUAAUGAUGUGCCGCUCUCAGGGUUAUGAUAAUGCUGCUACUAUGGCUGGAAUCCAUGGAGGUGUACAAUCCAUUCUGAAGGGGAAAAACAGGAAGGCUAUUUUUAAUGGAUGUGUGGACCAUUCCCUUAACUUGUGCGGUCAGCACUCUUUUACUCAAAAUGCAUCUUGCAUGACCUUUUUUGGAACUCUGCAGACAAUGUUUUCUUUUUUUACUGCUUCCACCCAUCGAUGGGAUGUGUUAAUUGACCAUGCUGGAGUGUCAGUAAAAAGACUAUGCACAACAUGCUGGAGUGCUCAUUAUGCUGCAGUUAAGCCAGUAAAAGAAAAAUUUGACAUGUUUGUGUCGGCACUUGAAGCUCUUUGUGAACCAUGUGAAAAUAUGGACACAAGAGGAGCAGCACAAGGUCUUCUACCUGCUGUCUGUGACUUUACUUUUCUAUGCUACCUGCACUUCUGGUCUGAUGUACUGAGGGAAGUUAAUGAUGCACAGCAGUACCUGCAGACUAAGGGCUUAAGUCUCGAUAAAGUGGUGACAAAGCUUGAGACACUAAGACUUUUUCUGUGUGAGGAGCGCAGUCACCUAGUCGAAAAUGCAAUUCAGCAGGCACUUUUAAAAGCUGAUGAAUAUGGAAUUGCAGUAGAGAGAAGAACCAGGUUCAAUAAGAGGAUGGCAGGGGAACUGGCAAGAGAUGCUGGAAGCCCAAGUGUCCAAGAAGAAAUUAAGAGGGCGAUGUUUGAGUGCAUUGAUCGCUUUCAUUUGGAACUCCAGACCAGAUUAAGAGCCAUCAUAGAAGUAGCAGGCAUGUUUGAGGCUGUUCAAGCAAAGAGUCUCAUAUCUGCCACUGAAGGAGAAUUAAAGGUGUCCAUUCCAAGACUGACCAAUUUCUAUGAUGAGCUCAUCAAUGUUUUCCCAACCACCGAAACAUGUGAGGAUGACCAGAAAAGACAUCUCGGCCUAGGCGAGUAG